AUGUGGGUGGACCCAGUGUCAGGCUUGUGACAGCUUUACCAGUGGUGAGCCAGCUCUCAGCUGUUAGAGAGCAGUUCAGUGUGAAGUGGAGGCACAAGCAGGAUCUGUCAGUGUUUGCUUUACCUGUCGCUGCAUCACUAGUUCAAACCACAACGUUUAGAGGACUUUCUGUGGCUUUCAAGUACAAGAACUGCCAGACAAGGAGUUCAAAAGGAAUUAAAUAUCCACCAAAACCUGGCUUUUUAUUCUGUUUCUCUUCUAUUUCCUCCUUCCUGUCUUAAUGCCUACGGCAGUGUGGUGAGGGCCAGAGGAGGAUGGGUUUGGCUGUGGAUACUCAGGCCCAGGAGGCGGUGGAUGCAGAGCAAAACCAGCUGCAGUACAUGCAGUGCUACCUGGAAAAAGGGGUGAAGCUUGAGCCCUUCCUACACCAAGUGGGGGGGCAUAGCUGCGUCCUGCGCCUCGGGGAGCAGACCAUAUGCAAACCUUUCUGCGCCCCCGAAGUACGGUUCUACAAGAGUGUGCCUGCUGCGAUGAGGGAGUUUAUCCCCCAGUAUAGAGGUUUGGCGUCAGUGAGGUUCGAGGAGGAUGAAGAAGAGAACCAUUGCAUCGUUGCUUACCCCUUCCAGAGUGACCCAGCAGAAGAUCUGGAUCUGGAGGACACGGACUCCACGGCCUACAGCGAUCUCAAAUGCGAGAUGCGCAUGUGGGGGAAAAUGAUGGCAUUCUCGCAAAUUGUAGACGGCGAAAAUGACAGCAAUGAUGUUCAAAGCCGCCCCUCUUGUCAAGACCAGGACAAUAGUGUUCACGAGCUGGGAGAGCCGACCGAGGUGCUCUACCUCAAACUGGAGCGCAGUCACAGUAAUGCUUUACCACAGGUCAAACACAACCCCUGGACUCAAUGGCACCACGUGAGGAAGAUGAAGCGCAACCCCACGUACCUCCAAGAAUCCAAAUACAAAUUCAUGCUGCUGGAGAAUCUGACGUGGCGGCAAAGGAUGCCGUGCGUGUUGGACCUGAAGUUCAGCAUGCGGCAGCAUGCAUAUGGUGCCACAGAAGGGCGUGUGGCCUUGAAGGACCAAGUCUACCAACACAGCACAAAUAACACAAUAAGAGUCUGCCACUCGGGCAUGCAGGUGUACCAGGUUGACACGAGCCAGCUAUUGUGCAUGAACAAGGAGCAUGGCAAAAGGCUAACUGUGCCGGGCUUCAAGGAGGCUUUGUUCCAGUUCUUCCACAGCGGACUACGUCUACGACGUGAACUCUUAUCCCCGGUGCUGCGCAGGCUCAGAGAGUUUCAAGCUGCCAUUGAAACCUGCGAAUCCUAUCGCUUCUACCGCAGCUCCCUGCUCAUCAUCUACGACGGAGCGCACCACCAAAAACACAGCAAUGACGGCUGCUCUGAAGAAGAAGAAGAGGAUGAGGGCGUGGAGGUGGAGGCUGAAGUAGCAGGUGCACAUCCUCGCAGACCCUCCACGUCUAGCGAUGGCAGUAUCGGUGACGGAAGCUCAGGUGUUAACCAGGCUCGCUUGUCCUGCUCAGACCCCCGUAGCCCUGUGGUGGAUGUGAGAAUGAUUGAUUUUGCCCACACCACCUGCAGAUAUUACCAGGGGGAGAAAGUGGUGUACGAGGGCCUGGACAGCGACUUCAUCACUGGUCUCAAGAACUUGAUCACCAUCAUCUCCGAGCUGGAGAAAAACAGCACAGACUGAAGACUGACAUGACCCACAUUCAGACACAGAUGCACAGUAACACAGUGGAGAAAGAGGAGGACUGCACUACAGAAGUGGAGAGAGAUUUUUUUUUCUCCUCUUCAAAAUUAGACCUCGUUGCAGCUGGCCCUUCAUGGGACCCAGUUCCUGUUUCUGCCGUUGGUGCCUCUCAAUGUUUCUGUUGUCUUCAGGAUAUGAAAGAGACCUGCACAUAACAUAGAGGAGCCAUCUGUGUGACUGAUGCAGUGAUUUACCCCAUUGCGUCAUUCUGUUCAGUAACGAAGACCACGCCAAUAACGAUAUGGGUUUAGAAUACUUAAAUACGUAUAUAAAAUGGAGGGGAGCCAUGAUGAUGUAGGAGGGAUGGAUUAAGGAUCCGGAAAGAGGAUGAGGGAUGAAGGGUUGUGGGUAGAGGGAUGGACCAGUGUUGACUGGAGGCAGGAGGGAACUGUGGGAGUCCAGACUCUGAGCAGGGAAGCCGUCUCUUUGCGAGCUCUGAUUUCUUUUUUGCAGAGCGCCCCAGUGGUUCCUGUAUUCAAACGAGAAAAAGGAGAGAUGAGAUGUUUGUCAAUUUAAAAGAUAAUUUUGUUUUUCACACAAAAUUAAAUUAUACCACGACAAACUGCGACUUUCUUGACUUACAAAAUUAUCUUUUAAAUUGACAAACAUCAUAUGUGUGAUUCAUGGCGCUAUUCAAACGGGAUUAAAAAACUAUUUCUCUCUCUCUCUCUCCGUUGACUUCUGUUCAUAUUUUUUCUGAAAUAAGGUCCCAUGGGAUCCACCCCAAGGAAUGCUUUAGUGCGGUAAUGGGAUGUGUUUGCACUGGGACAGGGCUUUGCCAGAGAGCAGGAGUUGUAUGUGUAUGAGGAGGACAGAGACGAUGACAAGAGAGGCAGUUAGCCCCCACCCAUCAUCUUCCCUCAAAGACCCCCUUUAAACAUGGCAUUAAAAUGCAUCCAGAUUGUAUCUAAUUAUGAUUUAACCUGAUUACAUAUACAUCUGGUAAAUAUGUUACUCCAGUGUCAACAUGGAGAUCCGAUCGUUCUGUCUGAAAGAGCUGAGAGGAGUCCUCUGGAGGCUGCACUACGCACUGGCUCGCAGCCGGGCACUGCCUGGAGAGACGGUGUGUAAUGGGCGGACACAUCAGCCACAUAACACCGCAAGGAGAGGGCUUGCAGACGUGACUUUGAGGUACGACUACAAUUGCACACACAGAGGGAUGAGGAGAGGAGACACUGUGUUGGUGCUCUUUCCAGCAAUCCACUGGUACAGUGAUCAGAGGAGGCACUCGGGACAGCCCUUGCAUUAUGUAUUCCGUCGACGUAGUCGUUGUAUGUGGAUUGAAAACGCAAUUGCAUUUACAUUUGUGGUCAAUGUGGUCACAAAGCGUCCCUGACCACCUCCGGAGGUGGGUUGGCCGAUCGGAUCACAAUCUGUCCUUAAUGCCUUUUAGGUGCAUUUACACCAGUACUUUCAUGUAUCUGAUUGCAAUCCGAACAUAUUUUAAUGCCAGGUGUAAAGGGAAACGGAAAGUUCACAAAAAUAAUGUGGAUGAAGACUAAUACCUGCCAUGCUAUUAAUGUUAUAUUAAUGAUAUUAAUUAACAUUAUUUGACAUGUUUGUAUUCCUCAAUCUUGUAUGUAUGUGUCCUCCACAGUUUGUUGGGGAAGAAAAUAAAGACUUGGGUUAGCGUUAA